CUAAACAUAUUUUUUCCUGUAGUGAGUAUAUUUUCUGCAGUCAUCAGCACAGCAAUAAAGACCCGUGGCUUCUGUUUUAAACUGAGAGCACUUUGAUCAAAGUCAGCACUUUCUGUUUACUUUUAUUCUGGAACAAAGAAUUUUGGGGGUUUCGACUUCUUUGUUUUGUUUUCUGUGACAAACACUACCUUUGGCUAUUUGAAUUUAAAUCAAAGUAUCUGCUCUAUGCAAACAAGGGAGAAGUGAGGGAAGGAAGGAGAAAAGUACACAGGUCGAGGGUAAACGCUGAGUGGAUAUUUUACGCCAGGCACUUUUGUGGUAUACCAUGGCCAAGAGAGUUGCAGUGAUUGGAGCUGGUGUCAGUGGCCUAUCCUCCAUCAAAUGCUGCUUGGAUGAGGACCUGGAGCCCACCUGCUUUGAGAGAAGUAAUGACAUCGGAGGACUAUGGAAGUUUACUGAAUCUUCUAAAGAUGGGAUGACCCGGGUCUACAGAUCAUUAAUAACAAAUGUCUGCAAGGAAAUGUCGUGUUACAGUGACUUCCCUUUCCGAGAAGAUUAUCCCAAUUUCAUGAGCCAAGAAAAAUUUUGGAACUAUCUCCAAGAAUUUGCUGAGCACUUUGAUCUCCUGAAAUACAUUCAAUUUAAGACCACCGUGUGCAGCGUCACGAAGCACCCAGACUUCUCCAACACCGGUCAGUGGGAUGUUGUCACCGAGACAGAGGGUAAGCAGGAGAGAGCUACUUUUGACGCUGUCAUGGUUUGCACUGGGCAUUUCCUGAAUCCCCGUCUACCUUUGGAGUCCUUUUCUGGAAUCCAUAAGUUCAAAGGCCAGAUUCUGCACAGUCAAGAGUACAAGACCCCAGAAGGCUUUCAAGGCAAACGCGUCUUGGUGAUCGGUCUUGGGAACACGGGAGGAGACGUUGCUGUGGAGCUCAGCCGAACAGCAGCUGAGGUACUUCUCAGUACUAGAACUGGUACCUGGGUGCGCAGCCGCUCUUCACAUGGGGGCUACCCUAUUAAUAUGAUGGAUACAAGAUACUAUAAUUUCAUCAGACAAGUCCUGCCUUCAUGUGUCCUCAACUGGAUUGAAGAGAGGCAGAUGAAUAAGCAAUUUAAUCAUGAGAAUUACGGAUUAAGUAUUGUAAAGGGGAAAAAACCAAAAGCGAUUGUGAACGAUGAGCUGCCAACCUGUAUCCUCUGUGGGACAGUCACCAUGAAAACCAGCGUGCUGGAGUUUACAGAAACCUCUGCCAUCUUUGAAGACGGGACGGUGGAAGAAAACAUUGAUAGUGUGAUCUUCACCACAGGAUAUACCUUUGCUUUUCCUUUUCUUGAAGAACCUCUCAGAAGCCUCUGUAUGAAUAAGAUGUUCCUAUACAAGCUGGUCUUUCCCUCGAGUCUGGAAAGAGCAACAUUAGCCAUCAUUGGCCUGAUCAGCCUUAAAGGGUCCAUCUUAGCAGCCACAGAGCUCCAGGCACGAUGGGCCACAAGAGUAUUCAAAGGGCUCUGUAAGAUACCUCCUUCCCAAAAAUUGAUGGCUGAGGCUACCGAAAAAGAACAGCUCAUUAAAAGGGGUGUGAUCAAAAACACCUGUGAAGACAAACUCGACUACAUUCCCUACAUGGAUGAGCUCGCUGCACGUGUAGGCGCGAAGCCCAACAUCCCAAUUCUGUUCCUCAAGGAUCCCAGACUAGCUUGGGAAGUUUUCUUUGGACCAUGCACCCCAUACCAGUACCGCCUCACAGGCCCUGGAAUGUGGGAUGGAGCCCGAAGUGCCAUCCUGACCCAGUGGGACAGGACAAUGAAGCCUUUAAAAACUCGGACUGUUCCUGAUGCCUCCAAGCCUCCCUCCAGGUUACGUUAUUUAAAAACUUGGGGGGCUCCUGUCCUACUUGCCUCUCUUCUACUUAUUUGUAAAUCACCUUUUUUGAAACUGCUACAAGAUAGACUAUGGGAUAGAAUUCCCUCUUAUCUAGCAUGUAUUUGGCAAGGAUGAACCUGAUUGGUCCUGAGGGUUGCACCAAAUCAUAUUAAUUCCAUCUCCAAGUAUCAUGUGCAGCCCUCCUCUCCUCUCCAUAAUAACUGCUGUAACCCAAGUUCAGGUCCAAUCAUCUCUUGUUUGAAUUAUUAUAUGGUCUUCCUCUUUGU